GUAGAAUACGUCUUCCUCAUAGUCUUCACUAUCGAAGCCUUCAUGAAGAUCAUUGCCUAUGGGUUCGUCCUACACCCUGGCGCUUACCUCCACAAUGGCUGGAACAUUUUAGACUUCAUCAUCGUCGUUGUCGGUUUAUUCAGCGUAGUACUACCCACAUUCAACAUAAAUGCAUUCGAUGUGAAGGCUUUGAGGGCCUUCCGGGUUCUAAGACCCCUGAAACUUGUCUCCGGGGUCCCAAGUUUGCAGGUGGUGCUUAACUCGAUUCUGAAGGCCAUGGUUCCUCUCUUCCACAUCGCCCUGCUGGUCAUCUUCGUCAUAAUCAUCUACGCCAUUGUCGGCCUCGAGUUGUUCUCUGGCAAGUUAAGAAGCACAUGCUACGUUAAUAACACGAAAACCUUUGCCCUUGACCCGCCCCACCCCUGUGGAAAAGGUUACGAGUGCAAGGCCGAAAAGAAUCAGGUCUGUCUAAAAGGCUGGAUUGGUCCUAACUUCGGAAUAACGAACUUCGACAACAUAGGUCUCGCGAUGUUAACUGUCUUCCAAUGCGUUACAAUGGAAGGCUGGACGUCUGUUAUGUAUGAUAUAAACGACUCAGUAGGCGGAAGUUGGCCGUGGAUUUAUUUCGUCAGCCUCAUCAUCAUUGGCUCCUUCUUCGUCCUUAACCUUGUACUUGGUGUCCUUAGCGGAGAAUUUUCCAAAGAGAGGGAGAAGGCAAAGGCGCGGGGGGACUUUAAGAAACUUCGGGAGAAGCAGCAGCUGGAUGAGGACCUGAAGGGCUACUUGGAGUGGAUCACCCAAGCAGGUGAUGAUGAUGAUGAUGAUGAUGAUGAUGAUGAUGAUGGUAAUAACGAUUGUAAUGAUGAUGACACCAUAGAUAAAAAUGUGGACGAUAAUGAAGGAAUGCACCAACAGCAAGCACAACAACUGUCUUGGUGGGCCAAUAAAAGGUUUCGCCUGGAGAAGCUAAACAGACGUUGCCGGAAGUGUUGUCGCCAGGUCGUCAAGUCCCAGUCAUUCUAUUGGCUGGUCAUAAUUUUUGUCUUCCUUAACACGUGUGUUUUGACGUCAGAACACUACGGACAGCCUGAUUGGUUGGACACUUUUCAAGAAUUCGCCAACCUCUUCUUCGUCAUCCUAUUCGCCCUGGAGAUGAUAUUGAAGAUGUACAGCGUUGGUUUGCAGGGCUAUUUCGUCUCGCUCUUCAAUAGGUUCGAUUGCUUUGUGGUGGUCUGCAGCAUUGUUGAGGCUGUCUUUACGUACACACAAGUUAUGCCUCAACUCGGAGUUAGCGUUCUCAGGUGCGCUCGUCUGCUCAGGGUAUUCAAGGCUACGAGGUACUGGUCUUCACUACGUAACCUAGUGGCCAGUCUGCUGAACAGCAUGCGGUCGAUCGUCAGCCUCCUCUUACUUCUCUUCCUCUUCAUCAUCAUCUUCGCCCUGCUGGGUAUGCAACUCUUCGGUGGCAGGUUCAAUUUUAACGCCAACCUCAGAAAACCUCGAAGUAAUUUCGACUCUUUCUUUCAGUCGCUACUCACAGUUUUUCAGAUACUGACGGGGGAAGACUGGAAUGCUGUCAUGUACAAUGGGAUCGAGGCCUAUGCAGAGGUCAAGCCGUUCGGGGUUCUCGUCUGCUUCUACUUCGUCGUGCUCUUCAUCUGUGGGAACUAUAUACUACUGAACGUGUUCUUAGCCAUAGCGGUGGACAAUCUGGCAGAUGCCAACACGCUGGGGGAGGCUGAGAAGAGAGAGAAUGAGGAGAGAGAGAGAAUCGAAAUGGAGAACGUUCAGGCAGUGAGAGGUCAGUCGAACGACAUAGUAAUAGUCGGUGAAGAUCGUGAUGAUGACGACGACGACGAUGAUGAUGGUGACGAUGAGGCAGCCGGCCAGCAACUACAACAACUGCAACUACAACAAAAUUACAACAACAGUAACAGUAACAUCAAUUCAAAUGGCAACAACACUAACAACAACAAUGGCGUAGACGAUGACGUAAUGCAGCAACAACAACAACAACAACAUCAACAACAACAACAACAUCUACAACAACAACAUCUACAACAACAACAUCUACAACAACAACAACAACAACAACAACAACAACAUGUGGAUGACCAGCAACAACAAAUAGAUGACCAACAACAAGAUGACCAACAACAACAGCAACAUCAGUAUGCCCGGCCCAGACGACUGUCUGAAAUCAUCAUUCCAGAUGAGAUAAAACCCAUACCACCGUCGUCAUCUCUCUUUAUAUUCUCGCCUACAAACAAGUUUCGAGUUUUUUGUCAUCACAUAUGUACACAUCAGUACUGGAGUAACUUCAUUUUGAUUUGCAUAUUGAUAAGUAGUGCUGUAUUGGCAGCUGAAGAUCCUUUGAGGGCCCAUUCUUAUAGGAAUAAAAUUCUCCGAUAUUUUGAUUAUUUCUUCUCGACCGUUUUCACAAUUGAAAUCACCAUCAAAAUCAUAGCCAACGGCUUCAUCUUACACAAGAACAGCUUCUGUCGCAGCCUCUUCAACCUCCUCGACCUACUUGUGGUUGUCGUCGCUCUUAUCUCUUUUGCCGUCGUCAACGACAGAAUAAGCGCCGUAAAGAUAUUGCGCGUCUGUCGGGUUUUGAGACCUCUGAGGGCAAUCAAUAGGGCAAAAGGGUUAAAGCAUGUGGUACAGUGUGUAGUUGUGGCUGUUAGGACGAUCUACAACAUUCUCCUAGUUACAUUUUUACUCGAGUUCAUGUUUGCAGUCAUCGGCGUUCAGCUGUUCAAAGGUGCUUUUCACGAGUGCAAUGACCACUCGAUGAUGACGAAAGCUGAAUGCAAAGGUCACUUCAUAGUGUACAAGCAGGGUGACCUUUCCAAGCCCCAUCUGGAGGAACGCAUCUGGUCGAACAACAACUUCAACUUUGAUGACGUCAGCCAGGGUAUGCUUACCCUAUUCACCGUGGCCACAUUCGAAGGCUGGCCCGACUUAAUGUAUCGGAGUAUCGAUUCAACUGUUGAGAACAGAGGCCCAAUAUAUAAUUACAGACAGGGUAUCGCCGUAUUCUUUUUCAUCUACAUCAUCAUCAUCGCAUUUUUCAUGGUGAACAUCUUUGUCGGGUUCGUCAUCGUCACGUUUCAGAAUGAGGGUGAACAGGAGUAUAAGAACUGCGAACUUGAUAAAAACCAGCGCAAAUGUAUCGAGUUCGCCCUGAAAGCCAAACCCCAGCGUAGGUACAUUCCGAGGGUACCAUUUCAAAAUAAAAUAUGGUGGUUUGUGACGUCACGGGGUUUUGAAUACGGCAUCUUUGUCCUUAUCAUGUUGAAUACUUUGACGCUUGCUAUGAAGUAUGCCGACCAAUCGGAUUUGUACGAAGACGUCCUUGACUACUUCAACAUGCUCUUUACCGGAGUCUUCACUGUUGAGUUCAUACUGAAGUUGAUCGCCUUCAAAAUCAAGAAUUAUUUUGGGGACGCUUGGAACGUCUUUGACUUCGUCAUUGUUCUCGGAUCAAUCAUUGAUAUUGUUUACACUGAAGUUAACCCCCACAAAUCUUCACCACUGAUGAGUAUAAGUUUCUUUCGUCUCUUCCGAGUUAUGCGUCUGAUCAAGCUACUAAGUCGUGGGGAGGGCAUAAGAACUCUAUUGUGGACAUUCAUCAAAUCAUUUCAGGCCUUGCCCUAUGUUGCUCUGCUGAUCGUCAUGCUCUUCUUCAUAUAUGCAGUCAUCGGAAUGCAGGUUUUCGGCAAAAUAGUCCUAAACGAAGAGACAUCCAUCCAUAGGAACAACAACUUUCAGACAUUCCCGCAGGCCGUCAUGGUUCUCUUCAGGUCUGCGACUGGCGAAGCCUGGCAAGAAAUCAUGAUGUCUUGUAUAAACUCUGAGACGGUCCUCUGCGAUCCUCUGUCAGACGAAAAGGGACGCUGUGGUUCAAUCAUUGCCUUUCCUUACUUUAUAUCAUUCUAUAUUCUCUGCUCGUUCUUGAUCAUCAAUCUAUUUGUGGCUGUUAUAAUGGACAAUUUUGAUUAUUUGACUAGAGAUUGGUCGAUUCUUGGACCGCACCACCUCGAUGAGUUUGUCAGGCAGUGGUCUGAAUAUGACCCAGAAGCCAACGGGCGCAUAAAACAUCUAGACGUGGUUACUCUACUGAGAAAAAUAUCCCCGCCUCUGGGCUUCGGCAAGCUUUGUCCCCACAGAGUGGCUUGUAAGAGAUUAGUUACCAUGAACAUGCCCUUGAACUCUGAUGGCACGGUCAUGUUCAACGCAACCCUCUUUGCUCUUGUCAGGACAUCUCUGCGAAUUAAGACCGAGGGCAAUAUUGACCAAGCGAAUGAGGAGUUGAGGGCGGUGAUCAAGAAGAUUUGGAAACGAACGAGUAACAAGCUACUAGACCAAGUGGUCCCGCCAGCCGGAAGUGAUGACGACAUAACGGUCGGGAAGUUCUAUGCAACAUUUUUGAUACAAGAUUACUUCAGAAGGUUUAAGAAACGCAAGGAGCAGAUGCUGAAAAUGAACCAACUAGGGCACCACCAUACCGAAGCUCUGCAAGCUGGUCUGAGAGCUGUGCAUGAUCUGGGCCCGGAGCUAAGGCGAGCCAUUUCCGGUAAUUUGGAGGGUGAUGAUGAUAAUGAUGACGUUCUGAUGAGAAGAAAGGAAGAAGAACCUUCUCAUAGAAGGGACCAUAGUUUAUUUGGCACUGUCCUCUCAGCACUA